UGACUAUUGUUGAAUUCCAAUGGCGGAGUCGGAGCAGCCGACCGACUCCGCGAGCGAGCACUCGACUCUGGCGUAGAGCAAAUCCUCCAAAUCCGCGAUCGGAACACAACCCGCCCUCCUGGAGCAAGGCGGAAGCUGCCGAGUUACCCAGGAUACCUUGCGCGUGGUCUCUUCCGCUGUCUGUUUCCCAGCCUCCAGGUGGUUUACCAGCAUCACCGCACCGUUCGUUUGCCUGUUCAGCACUAUUCACCUGUGUGAAAUGGAUAUCACGCCAAGCGUGCAACAGCUAUUGUCGACGAUGUCUGCUACGGUGACCACAAAGCACGCGAAGCAACACGGUACAGGCUGUGAGUGGACGGCCGGAGAAACAAAGCUGUUGCUCGAUUACUACCAGCAGUAUUUUUCCCAAAUAGGGCCAAUGAAGAAGUUUAAAAAUAAAAAGUCGAUGUUUGGCCGAAUUGCGGCCAACAUCACAGAGGCUGUUGGAGUGCCUAAAACGGGGGACCAGUGCUGCAGCCGCUAUAAAACUGUCAUGCGUCGAAAAAGAAGCGCUGCAGCACAUAACAACAAAUCAGGGAAUUCUCCUUGCGACGUUCCCUUCGAAGAUGAAAUUGCUAAAAUACGUUGGCUAGACGAUAGCCUUGAGCCAGAAGAGCUUAGGGACAGCUCUGGGAUAGUUUCUAUUAAAAGACCGCCCAGCCGACCGCCCAGCCAAGCGUCAAGCCAAGCAUCAACGAGCCAAGCAUCAACGAGCCAAACGUCAACGAGCCAGGAGAUGACGAGCCAGGAUUCAACUAGCCAGGAGUUGACUAGCACAAAGAAGGAACCUGAGCCCAAAAAGCCGAAACUCUCGGCAUCCAGAAUGCUGGAAAUGAGACAUUUCUUUGACGAAAUGAGCAGAAUUCAGGAAGAAAAAGAAAAGAAACGAACUGAACGCGAGAAUGAAAGACGGAAGCGUCAUGAAGAAAAGCAAGAACACAAGGAGCGCAUUCGGCAAGAAAAAGCAAAACAGCAUGAAGAAAAGAUGAAGCUAUUGAGCCGCUUCCUUGGCUUAGACAAUGAAUGACAGGUUCCAGUGGCCUAAAAUACAAUUAGCAUGUUUAAAUAAAAUGUACAGUGC